ACCCCUGCUUUCAUUGCACUGCGUGCAUCCGUCCACGGGUGUGAGGUCAAACCAGAAAGGAUGCAAGGGGAGACAAACAAGGUGACACCACGUGAUCCGGCCAGCUGUUGCUGCUGCAUGCUCGCUGGGAGGAAGAAGAGGGAGGCAGGAAGAGGAGGGAGACGCGCACACACGCCCCGCAUGCACGGGAGGAAAAAACUGAUGCGAAGCGGCGGCUCGCGCCUUCCCCGAAUCCAGCGCAACCCCGUUGAAAUCGUUCACCUCUCCUCCCCGCGCACGCGGAGACGACGUACGGAAGCCCCGCUGCGGAAACGCGACCCUGCAGGUGGACGCAACCUGAGGCCAACGAUGGCGAAACUGAAAAGCCGCGUCGAGCCCGUCAAGUCGGGACGAGCGGAGGGAGCGCUUCGCUUUUAGGAAGGCGACCAAAUCCGUCUCGUUUCGUGCGCGUUUACCUCCACGCGGAGGGGGAGAUGUCCUUCACAGAGGGGAUAGAUGCGCAGGGCUGAUCGUCGCCAUGGAUACCAGCACGCGAAAAUUCACCGUCAAGAGGUGGUUCUCCAUCUACCUGAAGAACAAGGCCACCCGGAGCAAGAACGCCGCGGGAUUCUGUCAGCUGGAGGAUGACAGCAUACUCAAGGAGAUUGACAUCAGCCACCACGUGAAAGAAGGCUUCGAGAAAGCUGACCCCUCUCAGUUCCAGCUGCUGAAGGUGCUCGGGCAGGGCUCCUAUGGAAAGGCUUUUCCAUUUGCACGGCUGAGCCAGAAGGUUGCAACAUCACGCACGCAAGUAGCAAAAGGCUGCAUACAGCCAGUGUUUCUGGUGAGAAAGAUCCGAGGCGUGGACCGAGGACAACUGUACGCCAUGAAAGUCCUGAAGAAAGCCACGCUGAAAGUCCGGGACCGUGUGCGAUCCAAGAUGGAAAGAGACAUUUUGGCAGAGGUCAACCAUCCGUUUAUAGUGAAACUACACUAUGCCUUCCAGACAGAAGGGAAGCUCUAUCUAAUCCUCGACUUUCUCCGAGGGGGGGACCUUUUCACUCGUCUGUCGAAAGAGGUGAUGUUCACCGAAGAGGAUGUUAAGUUUUACCUGGCUGAGCUUGCUUUGGCAUUGGACCACUUGCACAGUUUGGGAAUCAUCUACAGGGACCUCAAACCUGAGAACAUUCUACUGGAUGAAGAAGGGCAUAUAAAGAUAACUGAUUUCGGCUUGAGUAAGGAAGCCAUCGAUCACGACAAACGAGCUUAUUCCUUCUGUGGAACCAUCGAGUAUAUGGCUCCGGAGGUGGUCAACAGGAGGGGGCAUACACAGAGUGCAGACUGGUGGUCCUUUGGGGUACUGAUGUUUGAGAUGCUGACGGGGUCUUUACCAUUCCAAGGAAAAGAUCGCAAAGAAACAAUGGCUCUUAUUCUCAAGGCCAAAUUGGGGAUGCCGCAGUUCCUUAGUCCUGAGGUGCAAAGUUUAUUAAGAGCUCUCUUCAAGAGGAACCCUGCCAACCGUCUAGGGGCUGGGCCGGAUGGAGUGGAUGAAAUUAAAAGUCAUUGUUUCUUUGCAUCGAUCCACUGGAAUAAGCUGUACAGGAAGGAAAUUCGGCCGCCGUUUAAACCAACGGUUGGAAGACCUGAGGACACUUUUCACUUCGACCCGGAGUUCACCUCCAGAACACCCACUGACUCUCCUGGCAUCCCACCCAGCGCAAACACACACCAGCUGUUCCGUGGCUUCAGUUUUGUCGCCACUAAUCAAAGUCAGGAGCCGAGCGUGGCCAACAUUCUGCCGUCCCACCAGGAGGGAAGCGCCAUUAAUCCCAUCGCGCAGCAUCUCCGUGGUGACGUGCCCUUCGGUGACAUUUAUGAGCUGAAGGAGGAAGUUGGCCAGGCAGCCAAUUCAGUCUACAGGCGGUGUCUUCACAGAGUCACAGCUGUGGAAUAUUCAGUGAAGAUUAUUGACAAAGGACGAAAAGAUCCAUCUGAAGAGAUGGAGAUUCUAUUACGAUAUGGACAGCAUCCCAAUAUCAACACGUUAAAAGACGUAUUUGACGAUGGCCAUUGUGUAUACCUGGUUCAGAAUUUGUUGAGAGGAGGCGAGCUGCUCGACAAGGUCUUGACCACGCCAAAUUUCAUAGAAAAAGAUGCCUCUGAUAUCAUCUGCACGCUGACCAAGACUGUGGAGUAUUUACAUUCCCAGGGGGUCGUGCACCGGGACCUGAAACCCAGCAACAUUCGCUACUCUGACGACCGAGGACUCCCAGAAUGCCUCAGGAUAUGUGAUUUUGGUUUCGCCAAACAGCUGAGGGCCGAAAACGGCUUACUGAUGACCCCGUGUUACACGGCGACCUUCAUGGCGCCAGAGGUUCUGAAGAAGCAGGGUUAUGAUGCCGCAUGUGACAUUUGGAGCUUGGGAAUCCUGCUGUACACCAUGAUUGCUGGUUUCAGUCCAUUUGCAAACAGUUCCGAAGACUCGGCAGAGGAAAUUCUGGCUCAAAUUGGCUGCGGCAAAUUCGUCAUCAGUGGAGGUAACUGGGACCUGGUGUCAGACGCUGUCAAGGACAUCGUGACUAAGAUGCUUCAUGUAGACCCCCAUCAGCGCCUGACUGCCCCACAGGUCCUUCGCCAUCCGUGGAUUGUCGGGCGAGAUCAGCUCUCUGAUCGAGUCCUCGCCAGACGAGAUAUGCUCACUGUCAAGGGGGCGCUGUCUGCCACCUAUUCGGCCUUGAGGCGCUGUAGUCCAGCACCGGUCCUCGAACCUGUUCAGUCCUCGAACUUGGCCCAGAGGAGAGAAAUGAAGAAAGUUGGCGGUACGGUCGUUAAUUCAGAGCUUAAAGAAAAGGAGUAAAAAACGACAGCAUCAAAAUAUGAUCACCUGUAUCAUAAAAUACAAUACAUCACACUUUUUUCAUGCUUGAAUCUGGAAUUCGUAAUACCAAGUUGCACUGGCCUUUGUCAAAUGCACCAAUUUACUGUCAAUUGCCAUUAAAAAAAAAAAAAAACAUGCUGGGCUCCUUGUUUAGUAAAAAUUGAUGAGAUCCACUGCGCUGUAUAAUUUUUGGCAUAAUUUACGCUUACAUCUUACAGUAAAAAAAAAAAAGUCCAGGAAAUGGAGUCAGAUUUCAUUGGAGCCAGUCACAUCAUUGGAACCUUUUGUGAAAGUAAUAACAGUUUCCAGUGCAACACCAACCGACAAAUAAUCCAAGUGACCAUUUAAUAACAGCGACAGAAGCAGUGUUAAAAUACACAUUUCUGGGAUAUUCCGUCAUUGUGAACAUUUGACUGUUUUGUCUCAUUUGCUUCCGUAUUAAACCUGUAGUGAGAUGCAGUUUAUUCUUCAACCAUAUUCAGAUUAAAAGUGCUCAACUUUAUUCUAUGUUACGCAUUUAAAUCCAUAAACUCUGCAUCGUUAUAUGUAAAUAUUAUGCCAAAGUGAAUUGCGUUAAUCGCACCAAUGCAGUAAUAACAAGCUCAAAUCAUUUGAUGGUGUGUGUUUGUGGUCGUCGUCCUUAGCUGCAGUUUGGGACAUUUGCAAAAUAAAAAUUUGUGCAAUGAAGCCACCCUUGUCUUAUGGACCAGUUAGCUGUGACGGUAUUACAUGAAACCAAAUGUGUCGUGUUCCCUUAUGACAUUGUUUGGUUUUUUUUUUUUUUGCUUACAAGUAGUCAUAGUCAGCAUAGCCCUACAGUACAGUGAAUUCCAAACUAAUAGCAAACUUGUUUUUAAAAUCAAAUCCACCAACAAUUAUUCCAUUUGGAAUCAACUAAAGCAGCCAUUUUGGCUGCUGUUUGUUUUGUUGACGGCUCUUGAAAGCCCAAACAAUUGCGCCCAAGGUUUCUAUUUUAACUGCUAAUUGCUGCGAGAUUCAGUGUAAAUAAUACGUUAAUGCAAUCAAAAACAAAACACACACAAAAAAAAAAUGAGGUAAGACUGUAAAUCUGUUUUUGCAGAUAUGAGUAGCGGCCUUUAACUGUCAAAUGUUUCAGGAGAAAUGUAGUUCAAGAUGGGCACAAGAACAAUAUUUUCAUAUGCACUGUAUGUAACCAAUUAGUAGUUGCUAGACGAAUGCUGUAAAUAUACGAUAUUUUCAUUAUUUUCAUUGUACAACAACCAGACAUUGAAUUAAGUACACCUGUAUAAUUUGAAAAAUCUAAAAAGAAAAUGCAUUUUACAAAAACAGUUCUGCUAAAUAUCAAUUGACACUGUUAUAGAGGUAUUAUUUGAGCAAUACAUUGCUGUGCAACCGUAAUACAAAUAUAACGUGAAAUGUAUAAUAUGCACCCACUGAGCGAUUCAGAUGGACAAAUACAAUUUGCACUACAUAGUUGAGUCAAGUAGCAUGAAGCCAGUUAUGUUAUGUAUGUUGAUAUAUUUGACAUAGCUUGAGAUAAUCCUGUAAAUAUUGUGCAUUCAUUUCGGCUGCACAUUUUAUUGGGCCAAAAACACCUGAAUUGUGUAUGAUGUACAGCGAGGAGAAAGUAUUGGGACUGUAAAUAUUGCGCGUGGAGACUGUACAUAUUACAUUGUAUCAUUUGUCCAUUUAUGGGUGUAGAUAAUGUCCAUACAUGGCUAAUCAUUUCAAUGGUUGGUUAAUAUGCCAAAGUUUUACAAAUAAAUCAGAUGAAAAACAGUAUGAUUGUCUUAUCUGCCUUCAUAUGUUUGCAAUGGUGAGCCACAUAU